UGUGAAUAGUGAAUACUGGGUGCUGAAAACUUAAACUUUUCUAACCUUAAGUACUAAAUGUUAAAAGAUCAAACUGAAUAGUAAAAUGUCUUAAUGUUAUAAAAAACUUAUAAAAUGACUGAAUGUAGUGAAUCUUCGUCGAAACAAGCCAGUACAGUUGUAUUAACCGAGCAUGAACGAGACCUCGCACAAAAUGCCUUAUUAGAAUUUCAAAAAAAGUCAUACACCACUUGCUUAACAUAUUUAAAUAAACUGGAAUUAUUGAGGCCUAAGGAUUUACAAGUCAUACACAAUAAAAUAGUUGUUGAGUAUUAUAAAUGUGAUUUUAAAAAAACAGAACUAGCGAGAAAAACUUUGAAUGCUGUUUGUGGUAACCCAGUUCUUACUGAUGCACCACAAGAUACAUCCGAAGAUGUUGAAAAAUGUGUUAUACGAUAUAAUCAAGCCGUUCUACAUUACCAUACACGACAAUACGAAGCUGCACUCCAAAUUCUUAAUAGACUUUUUACAUUUGUAGAAGCAAUGGAAGAAAAUUUGGCAUGGAAAGUUUGCUUACUCUUAAUUGAACUUUAUAUUCAAACAAAUCGGCUUGAUGCAACUCUAUCAUUAAUAAACUACGUUGAGAGUCAAUUUAUCUGUUCAUCUGAAACGAUAAAAUCAUCAUCAUCUGGUGAUAAUUUGAAUCCAACAAAGACAGCAUCAGUAUCAAAAGAAACAAAAAUACAAAAAAAAGAUAAUACUGAUUCUCAGAAUGACUUGUUUCGUAUAAAAUUACUAAAAUACAAAGCACGAAUUUAUCUGCUUUUACGUCAACCAAAACUAUGUCAAAAAGAAUGGGAUACAAUGUUGUUAGUUGGUGCUCCACAAACAACAUCAACAAUUUUUUUGAAAGCCCAUUAUGAAUAUGUACUUGGUAAUUAUGAUAAAUCAAUAAAAUUAUUAAAUUCAGCCACAGAUAAUUUAGAUUACAAAUUAUGUGGUGGAUCAGCAGCAGUUAUUUAUUACAACAAUAUGGCCUGUAUUAAUUAUUCUCGUUCAAAGCCAAAUUUAGCGGCAUUUUAUUUGGAAAAAGCAUUAGAAGAAAAUAAAAAGUCAAUUGAAUCAAUUCGUGGUAAAGAGACAGAUAAAGAUCCAUUAUCAUCACAACCAGUGUAUACACUUGGUGGUGAUAAACAUCACGAACUGAUGUUUAGUUUAGGUAUUUCACUUUUACAAGCUGGACAAGCAACUAGAGCAUUCGAUUGUUUUCUUGAAGCAGCCCAAAGACUCCAAAAUAAUCCAAUUCUAUGGCUCAAACUUGCUGAAUGUUGUGUCUAUUGUCACAAACCAACCAAUGAAGUUGAUUUUGAUGUCAUAAAGUUUCGAGAUUGCUUGGUUCAAAAAGUCAUAGGAAAUGGUAACAAUAAAAAAAUUAUAUUAUCAUCUGGAUUGAAUACUGACACAAAAUAUCAUUGCGAGAGCUUGUCGUAUGCAAUACCACAACCAACAAUUGAAUUUGCCAUGUUGUGCCUUAAAAAUGCACUGUUUGCUUUGCCAAAAAAAGAAAAUAUGCAAUGUCCAUCAUCAAGUUUAAGUGGUUUACCAUUUAAUUCAUCAGUUAAUUUAUCCAGUGGCAAUACAAGUGGUUUACGAGGAUCAAUUGGAAGCUCAGCACCACCUUGUGGUAUUGUUAGUACGCAUCCAUCAAUGUCUAUCAUACCAAUUACGUCGCAUGCAACAUGGAUUGAAGUGAUGAAUCUUAAAAUUGCGAUACUUGCUGCAUCAUCAUAUGUAUCACUUUGUCUUGGUGAUUAUACGGUUGCAUUCGAACAUGCAAAAACAUUAUUAAAAAUUGAAAAAAUACCAGGUGCUUAUAAAUUAUUAGGAAAUUUAUAUGCUGCUGAAUGCUUAAUUUUAAUGGAUAAAAUAAAUGAUGCUAUUGAUUAUUUAAAUAUUCAGGAUCUUUUCGAUUUGGAUUUGUCAAUUGAUAUGCUUGAUGUUGAUAGUGAGCAAAAUAAUGAUUGUAAUGUUAAUGUAUUUGCUUUUAAACACAAAUGGUUUCCAAGAAGUCUAAGAACAGCCAAUGCAGUGAUGCGGUAUAAUUUAGCGGUUGCUUACGCAAUAAGAGGAGAACUCGAUAAAUCAGGAGAAACACUAAAACAAGUUUAUAUGUCAAAAGGACCAGACUGCGAUGUACCAAUUCAUGUCAUUAUGCUUGCAUUGUACAUUGAACUACAACUUGAUCACGUAGACAUUGCCAGAUCGAUAGUCAAACAGCAUUGUCCGCAGUACUGGUGAUGUUUUUUAGACCGAAAACGUCAGACAAGAAAAGUUUCCAUUCAACUAAUCAAAAAAAUUUAAUAUACAACUUCUGUUAAUCAAUGAUUUUUCUCAUCAAUUAUUUAUUAUGAUUUGGUACGCUAAUUUUUGGUUUUUCAAUAGUGUAAUUUUUUUUGAUAUUUAAUCAUUAUUCAAAUGAUUGACAAUAUUGUAUAAUUCUUGUUUCUUUGUAUAUAUAGAAUUUAUACAUUUUUUAAAUUUAUAAUGUAAAUUUAUUAGGAAACAUUCGUUUCUAAUUAUAUUUUGCCCGAUAUAAAAUAUCUACGAGGCUCCUCAAGUCAAAUCAGGGAGCGUUUCCCCUCGACCCUGCGGCAGCGUUGCCAAGUCCAAAGAAAUGCCUGAGGAGCGUUCGAUAGCUG